AUGGAAACAGAAGCUGGCAAAAGCUUGGAAGUCAAAGAAGAAUUUUUCAAAUCCCAGGUAGUGAGAGAUACACAUCCCUGUUCCGGGAUUAGUGAGGAACAGACAAAGAAAAUAGGGGAGGAAAAAAACUUUUUACAAAAGUUUAACGACCUUCAGACCCCAGAGUUUGAGAAAGAAGGUAGCCUUGAUCCCCUGGCCCCUGAACUCUUGUCUAGAGGGCAGCAAUGGGGGAGUGGAUCUGCCAGCCCUGGCAUGCAAGGGGAGGCUGCCAAGCGGUGCAUCCCACACCUGGUGAGCUCCACAGAGGAUGCUGCGCCAUGGUUCCCCACCACCUACCUGGCCCAGUUUUCUCUGUUUUUUCAGGGCACCCCAGCACUGUCCUUAGUGGAUAAUUCAUCCCCCAGUGUGGCAGCUAGGAGUGUGGUGCAGGUUGAAGGAAAUAUGACGUGGAGUAAGGAAGCAAUGAACAAACGACAGCGGCAACUGUCUGCUCUCUGUUUGCAUCACCACUGUCACCAUCCUGAGCAACCAACCUCACCUCCAUCACCUCAAUCACCUCCAUCACCUCUAUCUCCUCCAUCACCUUCAUCAUCUUCAUCACCUCCAUCCCCAUCAACUCCAUCUCCUCCAUCUCCUUCAGCACCUCCAUCUCCUCCA